UUCCCCAAACUGUGUGUACCCACCCAAACCAACCAGAUUCCCCAUCCUUUCUCCCUCCUCUCUUGACCCACAGGGGCACAGUAGAACUUCUGCAGACUGUAGUGAUCGAUGGCUGACCACCACCAUGAUCAUCAUGACCAUGACCAUGACCAUCAUCACCACCAUGAUCAUGAUCAUAGCCAUGGGAGUUCAGCUGCAACGAAUUCAUGGGUGGGCUCAGAUGGGAAGGUGUACCAUAGCCACGAUGGGUUGGCGCCACACUCACACGAACCCAUAUACUCCCCUGGCUACUUCAGCAGAAGAGCUCCACCUCUCCUCUCCAGGAAUUUCAAUGAAAGGGCUUUCACCAUUGGCAUUGGUGGACCUGUUGGUACUGGGAAAACUGCUUUGAUGCUCGCUCUGUGUACACUUUUGCGUGACAAGUACAGUCUUGCUGCAGUGACAAAUGAUAUAUUCACAAAAGAGGAUGGUGAGUUCUUGGUGAAGCAUGGAGCACUUCCCGAAGAAAGAAUACGUGCUGUGGAAACUGGGGGCUGCCCACAUGCUGCAAUUCGUGAAGACAUCAGUAUUAACCUUGGCCCUCUUGAGGAGCUUUCUAACUUGUACAAGACCGACAUACUGCUUUGUGAAUCAGGCGGAGAUAAUUUAGCCGCGAACUUCAGCAGGGAACUGGCCGACUAUAUUAUUUACAUUAUAGAUGUCUCUGCUGGUGAUAAAAUUCCACGAAAAGGUGGCCCUGGAAUCACUCAGGCUGACCUUCUGGUGAUAAACAAGACUGAUCUUGCAGCAGCGGUUGGAGCUGAUUUGGCAGUGAUGGAGCGUGAUGCACUUCGAAUGCGAGAUGGAGGGCCUUUUGUCUUUGCUCAGGUGAAGCACGGAAAAGGAGUAGAGGAAAUCGUGAACCACAUAUUACAGGCUUGGGAAGUAGCAACGGGGAAGAAGCGCCACUGAAUCCGUCUUCGAUGAGGUUCUGUGUCUUUUUUUUGUAUUUCCCUGCUACAUCUAAACCUCGACGAACAAAUGUCACUUGAAUUUUCGGUCUCUUUUCAUCGCACGUAGAUGUUUGACCCUUCGUUGCCUUCAUCUCUUCAGUCCAGUUAUAAAUGGAACAAGAAAGCUCCUUUGCUACCAUGUCUCUCAGUUGAACUGUAUGUCUUCAAGGCAGUCACUUUAUUGAGCUGUUUUUGUCUAAUAGGGGUGAUUUUCGGACUAAUCGGAUAAAUAAAACAAGGUUUCACAUUUCUCUUAA